AUGGAAGGGAAUCUAUCUGAAUGGGUUCAGCAUCAUACGUCCUCUAAGGUCACUGCUUCUUUUCUUAAGACAUUGGAAAACUUAGCGAAGAUACAUGCACAUGACUCAGACAAGUUCACUAGGGCUUGUAUGGCACUUGGAAAGUUCAAAGGCGAGGAAUCAUUUCUGCGAGCGUUGCACGGAAGGCUACAGUCCAGGUCCUUGAAAAGUCCAUCCACUACACACAGCCCACAUGCUGAGCAAAGCACGCAUGUCGAUCCGAUUCUACUGGCAAAAAAUACACGAGAUAGAAGUAGAAUAAAGUCCAAAAGAGUAAAGCUACAUUAUGAUGACGAUGGUGAAGAAGAUCCAGAAGGUAAAACGGGCCUUGACUUGCACCUUAAACCGCCUAGAAAAGGUGUGAAUUCGGCAUUCAGAUUCAAAAGAAUAAGCAAGGAGAAGGCUCAAAAGUUGAAGGAGUUCGCCGACGUGGAAUCAGAUAUGAAUGUCUCGAAAAAAACCCAUCCUGCUCCGUUUAGACAAAUUUCUGCCCCCAAUCUUGUGUCAUACUCUGAUGAUGAGCAGAGUCGCCUUUUGGAUGAUAGAUCCCUUGACGAGGAUGUUGUACCGGAAGAUCUAAGUGAAGAUUAUAAACUCAUAAUGGAUCAAGACCAGCUUUUGUCGGAGGAAAGGAAUUGGUAUGAUGAUGACGACGACUAUGGAAAUCCUACUGCAGAAGUGGAAUCUAGUAAUAUGGACUUCCAACCCAAACUAUUGAAACCCAGAGUCAGUGUUAGUGAAGAUACCGACCUGAAAUCACAAGUGCAUUUAUCGUGUAUUACUCUAAAUCAAAGAAAAUCAAUAAUACCCCCAUUUAUAGCGUCCUAUCAUGAUGAAGCCGGUGAGCUCGCCAUUAUAGGUUCAAUGGAUGGAACAAGAAAUACAGCUUCAAGUGGUAUUAUCGACCCAGUGCGUAAUCCAGAAAGUGAGUUUUCUUUGAACGCAAAAAGAGGCAGUCGGAUGGUUAUGCAGAAGCGACUUUCUGAAGUUAGAAAAAUGAAAGCAGAAGAUACAGCUAAUAUUCAGGGAACCGCAAUAGGAAAUGUACUGGGUGUAAACCAUUCAGAGGCUAAACCGCAACUACAGUCUGAUAAAGAUCCCAAAAAUGCAAUCAAGGUGACUCGUGAAGAGAUCCUCGCGUCGAGAAAAUCACUUCCUGCCUAUCGGGUCCGAUCUCAGUUACUACAAGUCAUAAGAGACAAUCAAGUAGUUGUUGUCAUCGGAGAAACUGGAUCCGGUAAAACAACUCAAUUAGGACAAUUCUUGUAUGAAGACGGCUUUUGCGACGAUGGCUUCAUGGUGGGAUGUACCCAGCCUCGUCGUGUUGCUGCUAUGUCCGUGGCGGCUAGGGUUGCAAUGGAAAUGGAUGUUCAACUUGGAGACAAGGUGGGAUAUUCCAUAAGAUUCGAGGACAAGACGUCACCAGCUACUAAAAUCAAAUUCAUGACCGAUGGUAUUCUUCUGAGGGAGACUCUUCUCGAUAAAAUGCUCGAUAAAUACAGUUGCAUUAUUAUUGACGAAGCACAUGAGCGUACAUUGAAUACAGAUGUUCUAUUGGGUAUAUUCAAGGAAUUAUUGAGUCGUCGAAGGGAUCUCAAACUAAUUAUCACAUCUGCAACUAUGAAUGCAAACAAGUUUUCCCAAUUUUUCGGGGAUGCCCCUCAAUUUACAAUUCCUGGUAGAACAUUCCCUGUAGAGAUUAUUUACACGCGUCAUCCAGUUAGUGAUUACGUUGAAUCUGCUGUAACCCAGGCAGCCAAAAUUCAUCUAUCAACGCCUAUCUCGAGUGGGGACAUUUUGAUCUUUAUGACUGGUCAGGAAGAUAUCGAAGCAACUUGUAGCGGAUUGAGAGAGAAGUUGCUGGAUGUUUAUACCAAAAAAAACAGUCAUAACGAUAAUAACGAGCCCAAUGACAUUGAAAUUAUUCCCAUUUAUUCUUCUUUGCCAGCCGAUGUUCAAAAUAAGAUUUUCAUGCUAAUGAAUGGCAAAAGAAAGGUCGUCGUCGCUACAAACAUUGCGGAAACAUCCUUGACAGUGGAUGGUGUAAAAUAUGUAAUUGAUUGUGGAUAUGCCAAAUUGAAGGUGUACAAUCCUCAAAUUGGAUUAGACAGCCUAAGAAUUACACCAAUAUCUUUCGCCAGUGCUAAUCAAAGAUCGGGAAGAGCAGGACGAACUGGCCCCGGUGUGGCGUAUCGCCUAUACACUGAAGAUAGUGCAUAUGAGGACAUGUAUCUGGAAACGAUCCCUGAAAUCCAAAGAACUAAUCUUUCGAACACUUUAUUGCUUUUGAAAUCAUUCGGAGUGGACGAUGUUAUGAAAUUUCCAUUUAUCGACCCCCCUCCGCGGAAGACCAUCAUGACCUCCCUGUUUGAAUUGUGGACUAUUGGUGCAUUAGAUAAUCUUGGGUUUCUAACUAAGCUUGGUACUCUAAUGGCUAGUUUCCCUCUUCAGCCUUCUUUGUCGAAGAUUCUCUUAAUAUCUGCACAAAGUGGAUGUAGCGAAGAAAUUUUGACCAUAGUUGCCAUGCUCUCUGUACCUCAAGUUUUCUAUAGACCGAAGGAAAGAAAAGAGGAAUCUGAUCAGGCAAGAAGUAGGUUUUUUGUACCAGAAUCAGAUCAUUUAACACUGUUGAACGUAUACUCUCAAUGGAAAGCAAAUGCAUAUUCUUUUCACUGGUGCCGGAGAAAUUUCUUGCAGUACAAAUCCUUACAGCGAGCCCAUGAUAUUAGAAGGCAAUUAUCCCGAGUUAUGGUCAAAAAGAAUAUUCCAAUACUUUCCUCGGGAAGUGACUGGGAUACCGUCAGAAAGUGUAUUUGCUCAGGUUAUGCUCAACAGGCUGCAAAGCUCUCAGGACUCAGUAAGUACGUUCAUUUGAAAACUGGGAUGGAAUUGCAAUUGCAUCCAACUAGUGCAUUGUUUGGUGCUGGAGAUUUGCCCCCUUAUAUUGUGUACCAUGAGCUUCUUCUGACCUCAAAAGAGUAUAUCAACGUCGUAACAUCGGUAGAUCCAUUUUGGUUGGUGGAGUACGGAAUUUUAUUUUACAAUGUGAAAAGAAGAGUUGAAGAAACAGAUGAAUUUGAUGUGGAUCAACCCUCGCAUGGUAUUAAGGAUAAGUUGGAUCUGCAAAUCGAUGCUUGCAAUACAAGGAAAAAAGACGUUUUGCGGAAGUUGGCUACUGAUCGAAAUAGGUUUGAAGAGAUGAGUAGCGGCUCUAAAACAAAGAAGCGUGGUGAAAACGAUUCUUCAUUAGCCGUUAGCAUUGGUUUUAAAAAAAGGCGUCCACUCUAA